AACAAUUGGAUUGAAAUUGAGAGAAUCAGAUUUCAUUUCAGAUCAGCCACUUUCACUCAAUCUUCUGUUUUCUCUCUCAUUAAGAAAGUGUUGAAUCAAAUACGAAAGCUUAAAUCCCUUAUUGUACGGACGAUCUCCAUCUCCAUUGGCGAAGAUAAGAUUAAGAUAUGCCGAGCCGUUGCGAAAUCUGCUGCGAAUUACUCAUCGCCAUCUUGCUUCCUCCGCUUGGGGUUUGCUUCAGACAUGGUUGUUGCAGUGUUGAGUUUUGUAUAUGCUUGUUGUUGACCAUUCUCGGUUAUGUUCCUGGAAUAAUCUACGCUCUUUAUGCAAUUGUGUUCAUCGAUCGCGAUCAGUACUUUGACGAUGACCGCCGUCCUCUUUACGUGGCCUGAUCUGUAUUUUGAUUCUAAAUUACGUGAAUUGAAUCGUUGUUUGAUCUGUGAUGUAGUAAUUUAUGGUGUUUGUUCAUCGAUUCUGUUUAUAUACAUUAUUGGUGUAUGAACACUGAACUUGGAUUUCCUUCUCCGUGUGAUAUUGUUUAUGCACGAGUUUUGUUUGAAAUAAUACCCUUUUCUCGUAAUGUA